CACUCGCUUUUAAGAGUUUUUCCCAGUGACAUCAUCAAUAUUUCCCACGUUAUUUGAAUUUUCGCGAAUCAGUAUGGCAUCAGCAGCAGCAGAGAGUCCUUGUGGAAUCUCAAAAGCCAUAAGAGGCGCGAAUUGUGUGCGGGGGUGGGAAGAAGCAAUAUGGGAUCAUUUUUGGGGAUGGGUGUUUUUUUUUCGGGGAGUUUGAAAAGGGCAUGAUGAAAGCUGUGGGUGAGCUAGCGGGGGCGAAUGUGUAAACUUGUGCUAGAGAUCGUCAUUUAUUUCUGCAGCAUUUUAUCAACUCCUGUCCUCGUGGAUGUUUUUUGUGUGCUUGCACAGACAUCUCACCAGUGUUGAUGGUGAAGAAGGGGGGCAUGGGGGUAUCCCACCACAUUGAAUUUCUCACCCACAUAACCCACCCCCACGUUUUGCUCUCAGACGCGUGCUUUUUGAGAGAGAAGCACCCCAAAAAGUUGCUCUCACUGCGCAUCGCGCUGCCACAAACGGGGGUAGAACGACGGUGGGUAUUGGGGAGCCGAUUUCUCCUCGUCGGGUAUGGUGACGUAGAUGGGCCAGGAGCUUUGCGUCGCGAGCUUUUCCCCAGAGCGCCAGUCGAGAUGCAGAUCUGCUGGUCUGCACAUCGCAUCCUUUUGACCUCCCGUGGGUUCGGUGUGUGUUAGUGAAGGCACAAGGAACUUUUCCCAUACACAUUUUCCUGACUUUCGUGGCGACCUUUUAAGCCCACCCAAAUGGCUCAACAUUUUCGCGACGACAGUCAAUUUCGCGCUCUGGAUCUCGCCUGCCAGCUGUGUCAACCCCCAAGGAGGGUGUUUUAGGUCACUGGCUGACCUAACGUGCGUGGGUGUGAGUGAGGUGCUCGUCGACGGACUGUGUGACAUUGAAAAUAUCGACGGGAAAAGCCACCCCAGCGGAGUGUGUGCAAAAGUAAACCCCCCGUGUACGGGUCCCCAAUUCAGAUCCCCCGUAAUACAACAAACCCAAAGUGCUCCAUCGAAAUUGAUGUCACGCAUCGGUGAGAGAGACUUUUUCUGAUGACUCAACACCAAUAGUGUUUUGCAAAUUGGCCCGCAAAAGGUGUCGAAAUCCACCAGCCCCCCACCCCAUGGGUGAUGUGUGAAAAGUACACGGAAGUUUUUCACAAACUCUGCACUUUUUUUCCAACCAUUCCUCUUCAUGAAUUAUUUCUGACCUCACACGCUAGACAUCCCGCAGUUUCUCCCACAUUUCGCACCCGAGAAAAUUGGAUGAAUUUGCAAUUUGGUGAAAGUGUGUCAAAGUUUCCCGCCCUCCCAAAUGCUCGUACACUGAGAGCAAAAGUGAAUUUGUGUCACGGGACACGGUGUCCUUGGUACACCGAUUCCUGCAUUAGUGCCUCACCCUUGGGAAUUUUAAAUCGCACGCUAUUUUGAUAUUUAAAUAUUCAAGAGAGGGAAAAAAAAGUUUUGUCAAUUUGUACAGGAAAAUGGGAACAAUUGCGGGAAAAUGUGGGUGGAUUUUUCUCACAGUACUUUUUCAUGUAAUCAAUAUGGUCAAGGACACAUAGCUUUUGCAGGAUUUAAAGGAAAACUCAGUUUUAUUUUCCCGUAGAUUUGUUUUUUUUUAAGUAUUUUGUUUGUGGUUUACAAAAACGGAUUUUUGCACCUUCGUAAUAUAAAUUAUUGGAAAAUUUGCUGGCGCUAUAAGGUUACAUAACUGAUUGUAAGUUAUAAAAUUGAGGGUGGACUCGAAGGUGUCCUAAUUCUUAGAAAUUGCGAAGAAUUUCUAUAUCAAGAAAAAUUACGAAUAAUUCAUAAAAUAUUAUUUUUACCAAAAUUUUAUUGAAAAAGCUUCCAUUUAAAGAAAAUUAAUUUUUAGUGGUCACAUUUCUUUAAUUACCUAAUUUAUUGAAUUCUAUGAUUCUAUUAGUCGUAAAUGAGUUUUUUGUACUCAAAGAUCAUAUAAUUUGGUUGAGUUCUUUCAUCAUUAACAAUUCAAGAAAAUUCAAUUCAUUCGAUUCAUUUGAUUAAAUAAUAAAAUCAAAUCUAGAAUCAUCAUCACUCCUCUUAAUUUAAUUAUCCAAAUAAGAACAAUCAGAGAAUUCAUUAGAAGAAUAUAUAUACGAAAUAAAAUUGGCAAACAUUAUAUUAUAUAAUUUAUCAAAUUAUGCAACUUCAAAAACGAGCUGAAGAAGCGCAAAGAGUGGUGUUGAAUUAAGAGAAAAUCAAACAAAUUUUUGUUGUAGACCGUUUAGUUUGCUCUCUGCAUUCCAAUUUCCCUCAACUUCAAACCUCGUUCAAUGGCUAAAAACUACCCCCAUACACCCAUAAAUAUAUAAUGAAAAACUUUGCAGAUUUUCUGCAAAUCCUCAAAAUUUUAAACUAUUUGCAGAUAAUUCGGGUCAUGCAAUGGAAUGAUAAGUUUUUCCUUAUUUUCCACCCUCACAUUACCAUGUUCCACUUUAGCUGUGUGCAGAAAAAAAGGAAAUUCGGAAAGAUAAUAAAAACAAACAGGGGGAAUGUCAAUAGAGAUGAAGGGGAUGUCCAAUAAAUUUUUGUACCAGCUGGAGUAUGUUUUUUUGCCUUUCGAUGAAAAUGUGAAGAGGAAUGGAAAUUCUCUGCAGGGUAUUUCCUCGAUUUUUCCUCUCUGAUUGCCCAAACGGAAGUCUUCUGCGUGAAGGAAAGCGAGGAAUGAAAACUAAUUUGGGGUGGUUUUUUUCUUCUCACACAGUAUUGGGAAAUCUAUGGAAGGAGGACAGUGUGUGUGUGGAAAAUUGCGCACAAAUGGUGAAAUUUCGACGUUAAUAUAGAGAAGUGUUAAAAUCACAGAUCAAGGUGAUACAUCAUAAUAAAUUCCGUGUGUAUGUGCGUGGAAACUCACUGAAAAGUCACAACGCAGCGGAGUGCUAAAUCAAAGUGUUCAACAAUUCAAUAUUAUUGCCAUGAAGACAAGUAAUUGCCGAGGUGAACUCCCCCGUCAAGUGCCCCGUCAUCGGAAUCGUCACAUUAGUGACGUAGUGGCCGUCCUCACAACCACCCUGUGGGCAACUGCGGCGCUCGUGACGUCAGCGGGUGGAGCGGGAACCGCGAAACCAGGUCAGCAAGGCAUGGGACCAGUGACGCAGUGUGCAAUGUCGGAGCAUACAUGCACCAAUGGAAAGUGUGUCCCACUCAAUAAAUUCUGUGAUAAUAUUAAUGACUGUGGUGACUCCAGCGAUGAGCCCAGAUUUUGCACACCUUGCAAUCGAACGUACUACGGAAAUUUGGGUCUCACGUACGACUUGGAGCUCCAUCGACCCAAGGAGGAUCGAAUACCUUAUAUUUGUGUAUUGACAUUUACAGCCGCCGGAGGGAUACACGGCGACAUUGUUCAGGUGACUCUUGAGAGCUUCACGGUGGGAAAGUUUGUUUCGUACACCCAAAAUGGUUGUCCGGAUGGUUAUCUGCAAAUUGCAGAAGCAAACCGCCAGAACGUUGGUGGAAUGUGGUGUGGAUCCUCAUGGGGACCUCAAGUAUUCUACAGUGAGACACGAUCUCUCAUCCUGACGGUUAAACUCUUCAGACUAGCGCGAGAUCAGAGUGGCUAUAACUUUGAUUUUCGGAUACAAUUUAAAGUUCUUUCGCGGGAGAGUGCGGUGGUUCGAUAUGGUGGAGCCCAAUUAGGAGACGUGAAACCAUGGACAAAUUAUUCAUCGAGCUCAUCAUCAAAUUCAAUAACAUUGACUGAAUAUGGAAAUUCGACUGCUAAUUACGAUCCCACCCGCGGCACCACCUUUUUCCCACCCUUUACAUCCACCACCGGUAACCCCCUCGGUGGGUAUCGAUUCAGAAUACCCGACUCCGUACCCGUAGAACCGCCCUUCGGUGAGGAUAUUUUCUUCAGCAACAGGACAUUGCUUGGGAAAGUACCCGUAAAGAGUAAAAGCAACACAUCUGAGCCAAAAUAUUAUUUAGGAAAACUAAUACAAGGCACCUACUGUUCCCGGAUAUUCAGUUCUUGUGACAAAAAAAUUUGUCGUCUACAAUCUCCAAACUUUCCAGGUGUCUACCCUAGAAACCUAACAUGCUACUAUGCCAUAAGACAGCAAGAAGUUCCUCAAGGAAAACAUGCAAUGAUUGUUGUUCGUCAACCAAAAGGAAAUCUCAUUUGGAUAUCAACUCAAACCCCAGUUGCAAUUACAAAGAAGAAUGAUAAAGAGAAAUUUGUGCCACAAAUUAAAACUUGGCAGGAAUGUGACUAUGUUCAGGACACUGACAACCCUAAGUGGAAAUCUACGGACUACAUCACAAUUUACGAUGGCUACACGACGAGGGAUCCGGUAAUUUUAAAAUUCUGCGGGGGUGGGCAAAGUGUACCCCCAUCCAUAUCGAGUGGCCCCGAGCUUCUUGUGGAAUUCACAACAUCACCCUUUGGCACUUUUAUCAACACCCCACCCAACAUGAAUGCCCUGAAUGGGUUCCAAUUGGAGAUUGAAGUAAAAUUCGUUGACAUCAAAAGCCCAACUUACAUUGAAAAUAAGCGCCUCUGUGAGUUUUGGAUACGUGGAACUGGACGAGGGGUCCUUGUGAAUCCUCAGCACUCCCUAGCUCCGAAUACAACGUGUCUAUAUCAUUUGCAGGGAACUGAGUCAACCUUCCGUGCUGGUGGAAGUAUAGAUCAUCACUUCCAAAUUCCCCGACGUGGUGACUCCAUGACGUCGCCACUAAGUCGCUUUAAGGUGUGGUUGUCGAUACUUAAAUUCGAUUUGGCGCCGAAAUUUGGAACUCUCGACGACACAGCAGGUGGAGCGGUUCAGAUGCAACAACAACAGAGUGAAGACUGCGCAGGGAUGCUACGUAUCUGGGAUGGACCACUUAGGGAGUCACCUAACUGCAAAGACGUCAACUGUGAACGGGACACCGCUCUUAAAUCCGGAGUACUCACUAAAUACGGACAAAACUACACGAAUCUAAUUGCACGCUUCUGCCGGGGAACUGUUCCACGUAGCUGUGAACAUGGACUCCUGAAUGAUUCAGCCGUUCGUCCAUGCCUCGUGUCUGAAAGUUUUGUUUCCAGUUCGGAAUUUGUAACGCUCGAACUUAGAAAUACGGAAUCCACAGCACUGCGGCCACUAAACUUCCGCCUGAAGUACGAAUUUGUUGAUCUUCAGCAAGACGGUAUGCCUACGGGAGCUGAUACAGAUUGCAAUAGACGCUUCGUGAGCAGUAUGAUGGAUCGAAGGGAUCCAGGUGUUUUCCGCAGCGUUAGGAAUGUUUUCCUCUUUGGACGUGGUGGUUCACGUAGCUUCCGCUGCGUUCAUCGCUUUGAAGCUCAACGAGGGGAACGUGUUCGUGUUAUAAUACGAAAGGUCAUGACUGGCAAUAGAACGUGUGCAUCACGACUUGAUAAUGACAUCAACAGAUCCUACUGCUUCGGAGAUACUUCCAUAAAACUUGAGAUCUACGAGAAGCCUUGGCACGAUGUUGUGGCUUUCCCACGUGGCUGCGUCUGCAAUUCAACCAACAUCAGUGACACCUACUUGCCCAUCAUCUACACAUCAACCAGCCGAGAUCUGGAAAUUCGUUUCACAGCAAUCAACAUGACCAGUUUCGACGAUGCUUCAGUGAUCAACUUUGAAGGUAGCUUUGAGUUCAUAAAAUCCCCCUCUUCAUGCAGAGACAGUCGGAGGAAAUUCGGACCUAGUGGACACGUUGAUAUGACUUUUGGAGUACUUGAAUGUCGUUCCCGACCGUGGCUUAUUGAACCUUCAGCUGAUCACUUUCUCUACGUUCAAACUCAUGGAAUCUUCAUUCGUCGCUACGAUCCACAAGUCUAUCAAUCAGUUAACACCAGCAUGAAGACAAGUGCCACCCACAAAUGCACAACCAAAUCUCGCGUGAUCCUCACAACAGGUGAAGGUGUUUCUGUAACUGCUUGUCCUCUGGAUUCAGACUCAAGCCGAAGGCAUACAAUUGAAGUAUUCAGCAGUGGUUGGAAUCGAGACUUUAGCUACCUAGCUACCGAUCCCCCACGUGUAGUGUCUGUUGAAUUCCUAGAAGCUGAAGACGGAGACUUUGCCUUCUCAUGGUUAGAAAUGUCAAAGCGUCCUCCUCAGGGGCUGAUUGAUUGCCAAUAUCGAUGUCCUGAACUUGAAGCCUGUGUUAAUGCUAGUGUCUGGUGCGAUGGGAAAUCUGACUGCCCAUCAGGCUAUGAUGAAUCCUUUACACACUGUUCUGCUCUUCUUAGGCUUCCAGCUGAAAUUUUGGCCACACUCUCUGUGGUUUUUCUAGUUUUCUUCGGUGCUUUUGCAGCAUACGUCUACAGAAAAAUAAAAAGAACCUGUCGAGGUAGUUCUGUCCUUCAGACACGCCUCAAAUCCCUCAGUUCCAUGGAUACAGCUGUGUUCGAUGAAAAGGAUCAGAUUAGCUGACAAAACGAAAACUCUGUGCGCUACGUGGAGAUCGAUCGUGUUACUACGGUCUGACUAAAUGGCGCCCAGAGACUUGUAGCAUUCCUAAAUAUGAUCAUUCACUCACGAAAUUGCAUUUCCUUUCAUCCACAAUUUUCCUGUGGUCAUUUUGGAUAUUUUGAAGACACAGCACAAAAAGGUUUUUUCAAUCGGCUGAUAAACUUUGUUACUAAAAAACGGACCAAAUAAAACUUAUUGGAUGACAAAAAAAACUCAUUGAACAUUUAGAAUGUAAAAGGAUGAAAAAAAAGAACUUUUAGACUUCUAGACAUGGUAAAUUCCUCAUUUGCCGUAAACUAUAAGACCGUGUAUUGCAGGAAUGUGAGACAAAGAGUAGAAAGAAAUAAAAACUGUGAGAAGAAAUUGACUUAAAAGAAAAAACUAAAUAGCUAAAUCAUGAUAAAAUUGAAUUAAAAGAAAAUAUUAAAGGAAAAAAAUCUCAAGUAGACUUAAAGUAUUUUAACAUGUGAUUCUUAGGUACCUGUCAGAGGUCAAACGAAUUUUCAAAAAAAAUAAGCAGAAAACUUUCGUAGAAAAUAUAAUAAACAAGACAUUUUAGCCGGACGUUUGAAAAGUAGGACGUUCAACUUUGUGAAUCUUAACCACCAAGUGAAAAAAAGAACUUUAAUGCCAAUAUCCAAAGUUAAUAGCAAGAAUCUAAUACUGCCAGUUCUAGGACAAAGAAAUUUUUUAGUAUAAAAUAAUUUUACGUGUGUAAUACGUUCGGUUAAUCCUCGUCUUUGAAAAAGAAAUUCGUUGCAAUUUAUACUUUAUCAAAAUCAAUGUGAAAAUCAGGAUUUAAAGGUACCGGAAUGAGAUGCAAUCCCCGGUCCAAUCCUCCUUUAACAUUCACUCUACUGCCAUUUAUUAGAGGAGAAAAAAAAAUGAAGCUCGAACCAAGUAAAGUAAAAAAAUAUAUAUAAUAAUAGCGUAAUAUAAAGAAAAUAGUGAUUUAAUCCUUGCAAUUUGUUACGAGACGUUAGGAAGAAAUUUUUUUACACUUUUGUUGACAUUUCCAUUAUCUCAUUGUUUUAAUGUUUUUUUUUUACUAUAAAAAGGAAUAAUCUUUAAAAAAAAGUGUAUAGGACGCUGGAAAAGUUGUUGAAUGGCAUCCAUUUGAGAUAAAUUCAUGUUGUGUCUUUUGCGUGGGGUAAAAAAGUGCAUUGGAAGGAAGUAAAAGUUGUUAAAAUAUAGCGUAAGUUUGGAAGAAUUAUUCCUUUCCCUUCCCUCCAGAGAAAACAAGAGAGAACAAAGAGAAACAUUCUAAACUUCUCGCUCUGAUGACGAUUUAAAAGACAAAAAAAUAUGUAAUUUAUAGUUGACUAAAAGAUAAAACAGAAAAAUAAAUGUAAAGUUAUAAAAGAAAAAAAA